CCCCUAGGGGCCCGGGCCGCUGCGGCCGGGUCUCGAUUCGCUUUUCCUUUCUCUUCCGCGGGGUCCUCUCCCCGACCGCCCCCAUCCCGGUGUCAGGGGGGCUGAUGUGACCCCGGCCCGCCACAUUGUGGGAGACAGGAUUAUUGUUCUCAGUAGAAGACGAACCCCCAGAACUCUCUCCCUCCUCCCGGGGCUUUAUUAAGUCACAGUCUCGGUCAGCGGGAAUCGAACCCGCGCCCCGUCCCGGCCUAGCGUUAGAUCAGGGAUAUGGUGCUAUGGGAUGGGGGGCUACAGGGACGAAGGACACCCAGAUGGUCCAGGGAGCGGACAGACAUGAUGUAUGGCAUGCAUAUGCGCAGUGUGCAGUAGUGUGUGUAGUUUGCAUCAUGUUGGUGGUGUGGAGUUAUGGAGGGGGGUGAGACGAUUCUCUAGUGUUGGACCCCCGCCUAACGUCCCGACCCGCCGAACCACCCGUGGCCCGUGAGGGUUCGAGUGGGUGUUUUUCCGACCUCGUUCACUUGUGUUUACGUUAACUGCUUUUAUAUCAGACGUGUGGACAGAGGGACACACGGCGGCCUUCUCCAUCUAAUCCCUCCCACAAUGCACCGCGCCCGGCCGCAUCGCUUCCUGUUUAUUGUGGCAGAGCUGCCCGGCGAUAUUCAUGCUAAAUAUCUACCCGAUGUUUAUGGGGAUUCACAGCCGCAUGAGUGUGCGAUAAGGUUUGUGAGGGGUCUCAAAUGGCUCUCUGGGUUAGAGGGGGGUAUAAACGGAGGUCUGGGUCGGGCCGCGGCGCCCCGCUGUGCGGGUCGGAGACUCUUCCUCAUCUCAGGCGUUUCCUCUCGCGUUGCUCCGAGGCUGAGCUGACGGGUCGCGGGUUGGUCGUGGAUUGAAGGUGAUAUGUGGGUGGAUUUCUGUCGCAUCGAUACCAAUGGACGGGUUUGCGAACGGCCGCGUGAGAUAUUAUCGCAGGCGUUAUAAUUGGCUGCACAGUCCCCGCUGUGCUCUGAGGCCCCACCUGCUUCAGAGAGGUGUCCCCCCCUCCCCCCCCUGCUGAGUCGACAUGGACGACCCGGAGACGGAGCUGGUGUCGUCGGAGCCCGACGCCCUGGGCGCAGAGUUCAUAACGGUGGAGCUGGACACCCAGCCCAUCGAGUACGUGGUGAAGUGGGCGGAGGUGGGGUCAAAGUUCACCAUCUCCUGCGUGAAGAAGGACUCUGACGACCCCAACGAGCUGGCGCCCGAGCAGCUGAAGUUCGAGACGGACGAGACGUUCUUCGCGCCCUACGAGGAGGUGUACCCCUGCGAGCUGACGGAGCAGAGCGUGGAGAUCAAGAUGGACUCGGACUCGGGGGAGGAGGAGGAGGAGGAGGAGGACGAGGAGGGGGAGGAGGAAGAGGAGGAGGAGACGACGGCGGAGGAGGAGGCGGGCAGCAACCUGCUGGACGGGGAGGGCGACGGCGACUCGUACCAGGUAGAUUACGAGCCCCACCAGCGGCAGUACCGCUGCAACUACUGCGGCAAGUGUUACAGCCACGCCUCCAGCCUCUACCGCCACCAGCAGAUGCAUGCUGGGAAGGGCGUGGCCAUGCCCGGCGCCGCCAAGCGCCCCCCGCAGCCCUACUCCUCCAUGGCGGCGGCGACGGCGGCGGCGGGGGAGUCGCGCUACACCUGCCCCCACUGCGGGAUGAGCUUCAAGGGGAGCCGCAUGCUGGGCUCCCACCUGCGGCUGCACGGGCAGCGCCGCAUCCACCCCUGCAACGUCUGCGGCAAGGAGUUCAACCACAGCUCCAGCCUGUCCCGCCACCGCCUGGUCCACAAGAAGGACAAGGGCGGGGCCAAGGACGGCCCGCACGCCGCCCACCACCACCGGCGCCGCCGCGGCGGGGGCCUGAAGGCCGGCCCCGGGGGGAAGGGUAAGAGGGGGCCGGCGGCAGCGGCAGGCCCCGGGGCCCGGCCACGAGGCGGACAAGGCGGGGCAGAUGGAGGCCAUGCUGGGGGUGGCGGGCGGCGGGGAGAAGUUCUACGCCUGCCCGCAGUGCGACAUGACCUUCAGGACCUCCACCAUGCUGUCCAAGCACCAGGUGAGCCACGUCAAGGACCUGCUGGACAGCUACACGCCCGGCAAGGAGAACCUGGGCGAGUCCUCCUCCGACCUCAAGAUCCGCCUCAAGCUCUGCUCGCGCGACAAGCCCAACUUCUACACCCUCUGCAAGAAGAACCGGCGCCGGCGGGGGGGCGGGGGCCGCGGCGGCAAGCGGGGCCCGGCCGCGGGGCCCCCCCCCCGUAGGGCCCCCCGGGGGCCUGGGGGGCUCGGAGGACGAGGAGUACCAGCAACAGCUGGGGGGGGCGCACGGCUGCAGCCUGUGUGACAAGAGCUUCAGCCACGCCUCGGGCCUGGCCCGCCACCAGCAGGUGCACCGCGGGGGCCCGGGGGGGGGGGGGCCGCGGCAAGGCCUUCCACCAGCGGGCGCAGUUCCACCGCAAGAGGGGCUCCGCCCACGCGGGGAAGGUCUACUCGUGCGCGGCGUGCAACAAGACCUUCGUGCACUCGUCGAGCUACUCGCGGCACAAGAAGGCCCACAUGCAGCAGCAGGGGCCCGGCCACGCCAGACCCCUGAAGCGCCGGAAGAAGGGGGCCGUGGACGAGACGGCCCCCCUGGAGUCGGACUCCGAGUGAGGGUCCGGUCUGGCUGAGGGGCCCCCCUGGCCCCUCCACCACCAACGGGGGCCGGGCGUGGGACGGGGGCCCAUUGUAGAUAGCGGUGGGAUAUUAAUUAUAUGGUCAUAACUAUGUAUAUGGUUGAUAUGACACUUGUUGAAUGGCUCUUGACACUUGGUGAAUUGCUCAGCCCCCACCCUUAAACUCCAUUUUUAUUUCUGCAAAUGUUCGAUGAAUUGCACUGUUUGCCGUGCUUGUUGACAUUCCCCGACGGGCGGUAGAAAUGGCCGCCGGGACCAGGCCGGCGCUAGCCCCAUGCUACGCCAAAGCUAGGCUAGGGCCAAGCUGAAGCUAGCAUAUGGCUAUACUAACCAGUUUUGGGUGAGGGUGUGGCCUGUGCGGGGGAGCGAGCCCCCCCGGUCUCUCUCUCUCUCUCUCUCUCUCUCUCUCUCUCUCUCUCUCUCUCUCUCUCUCUCUCUCUCUCUCUCUCUCUCUCUCUCUCUCUCUCUCUCUCUCUCUCUCUCUCUCUCUCUCUCUCUCUCUCUCUCUCUCUCUCUCUCUCUCUCUUCCCCCCCCUCCCAGUCUCUUGUUUGUUUUUUGUUUUGUCAUACUUUAUUCAUCCCUUUUAGGGGACUCCGGUUACGUCCAACUAUUUAACCAGUAUGCCACGGAUGCCCCCCAUUUCAGUCCCUCUCUCUCUCCACCCGGUCGAUCUCUAUCUCUCUCUCUCCUCCCAGUCCCUCCUGUUCAGCCCGUUCAGUUCCCCCCCGCCCCCCUGUUCCCUUGUUCCUCAGAUCUGAUUGCUGUGUUCCUUGUCAAGAGUGUUCCGAUUGGGCGAGUUGCGUGACGUCGGCGGUUUGUCUGAACUCCCCUACAGGGCGACCACUUCCUGUCCGCUCCGUGUCUGUCAGAGGCCCCUCCCCCCCCCCCCCCCCCCCCUCCUAGCCUCCUAUGUAUGCAUGAAGACCUCACCGCUAGCGUCCUGGGGAGACCCCAGCUCUGCGUCUGUAGAGACGCACUGAUCCCAGGGGGUGGCGUCUGACACACUAAGGUGGACCUGGAGGGCCACUGGCCUCCACAGAACCUGGAUACUUCUGGCGGUGUGGAGUGAGACGUAUGAAUAUGUAACGGAGCGCUUUGAGAAUGGGCUUUCUGAUUAUCUUAAUCAUCUUCCUCACUACGGUGUGUGUCGUCGUUCCCCCCCCCCCCCCCCCGACCUCUGGAACACACACACACACACACACACACACACACACACACACACACACACACACACACACACACACACACACACACACACACACACACACACACACACCACUCGUGGCAAUUAACUGAUGUGGUGCAGAGGCUCCUCUCUGCUCUCACCUCCACCCCUUCUCCUCCUCCCCCACACUUGGCUUGUGAAUAUCAUUUCAUGUUUGCAAUUGGAUUCAACUUAAUUUAAUAGAUGUUAUUUAUAUCUGUGGGCGACCGAAGCACGAAUUUAAAGAGUUAAGAUUCACAUGUACCAACAGAUCCCCGUGCUGGAGGGAAAAAAGAAACAAAGACAGUUUGGUACUUCUCCCUGUUCCCUGGUCUCUGUUCACUUCCUAUGUUUUAGGUUUGUUCUCUCUCUGUGUUCGAACCGCCCGUCUCCUGUUGGAUUCUGGGAGUUUCAAGGACAAACAGUUCUUCCCCUUUAUUGCUUUCUUCGUUUGGUCCGUUCUCCUCCAAAGUGUUUUUUGCAUUUAGAUUCCUGUUGUGUUUGGUUCCUCUCCUGCCAGCAGGGGGCGCUGCUCGCCCUCCGCCGCAGGAGACGACACUAUCGUGUUGCCAAUAGAAUCAAUCCAGUUGACAUGGUUUGUCUUGCGUUUUGUAUUAAACCUUGGAAAAUA